AUGUCUAACCUGCCACCAACAUGUCCUAACCUGCCACCACCAUGUCCUAACCUGCCGCCAUCAUGUCCUAACCUGCCACCAUCAUGUCCUAACCUGCCACCACCACCAUGUCCUAACCUGCCACCAACAUCAUGUCCUAACCUGCCGCCAUCAUGUCCUAACCUGCCACCACCAUGUCCUAACCUGCAACCAACAUGUCCUAACCUGCCACCACCACCAUGUCCUAACCUGCCACCAACAUGUCCUAACCUGCCACCACCACCAUGUCCUAACCUGCCACCAUCAUGUCCUAACCUGCCACCACCAUGUCCUAACCUGCCACCAACAUGUCCUAACCUGCCACCAUGUCCUAACCUGCCACCACCACCAUGUCCUAACCUGACGCCAUCAUGUCCUAACCUGCCACCAUCAUAUCCUAACCUGCCACCACCACCAUGUCCUAACCUGCCACCAACAUGUCCUAACCUGCCACCAUGUCCUAACCUGCCACCACCACCAUGUCCUAACCUGCCGCCAUCAUGUCCUAACCUGCCACCAUCAUAUCCUAACCUGCCACCACCACCAUGUCCUAACCUGCCACCACCAUGUCCUAACCUGCCACCAUCAUGUCCUAACCUGCCACCACCACCAUGUCCUAACCUGCCACCACCAUGUCCUAACCUGCCACCAACAUGUUCUAACCUGCCAAUCAGCCUGUUAUAA